AAAAAAACCUAGAAAAAUCAAUCAGAUCAUGAACAUUUCUAGAACACACACAUAAAAAAAAAAAUAAUUAAAAAUUAUACAAAAAAAAAAACUUCCAGAAGUUUCCAGUGAAGUGAUUACUAGUGAUUACUAUUGUUAAAAAUACCAAAAAAAAUCCUUAAAACAAAAAAAAACAAAACCCAACAAAAACCAAAAACAAGACACAAACAAACAAAAGAACAAUGUCUUACAUUUUCCCUGAACAAGAUAACGUAGUGACAAGAGUGAUGGAUACCCUUAAAAGUAUGUCACCUUACAAGGAAAAGGUAUCUGUUUAUCUUUUACAGGAACCUACACAAGAUGUAUCGUUGUCCCCUUUUAAGGGGGAGAAAAACAAUGGCUUUUUUGUGCUUUAUCAUAACAUGAAACAUGGCCAAACUGCUAGCAAAGAGUUUAUUGAGUUUUUGAGAGAGAGCUGCUCUGUAGAAGAAAAUUAUAGCAAAUUACUCACCAAACUAGCAAAAAAUGUUAGCAAUUGUAUACAAGAGGGAACAUUUUCUCCUUUUUGGAACUUACUUAAAUCUUUGGUCGAAAAAUUGGCCACGUUGCAUAUGCAACUUGUAUAUACAUGGUCAGAGCUCAUCAAAGAUGUUGCUCGUUACAAUGAAGAACAGCAUCGGCGGCACAAGAAUAUGAAAGAAACCGAAUCAGCAACACUGGAGGUUGUACAAUCUAUACAGCAAACCACAACAGCACUUCAUAAAGCCAAAGAAAUUUAUCAUACGCGAGUGUCUGAGUUGGAACGAUUAAAGAAAGAAGGAGCAUCACAAAAGGAUACUGAAAAGGCUGAAAGCAAGUUCCGGAAAGCAAAUGAUGAAUACCAAAAUCUUGUUGACAAAUAUGCAACAGUACGAGAUGAAUUUGAGAAGAAAAUGUCUCAAUCUUGUGAUCAAUUUCAAAAGUUGGAAGAAGAACAUGCACGUCAGAUGAAAGAUUUCAUAGAUACAUACUCUAAAGCAUGGGUUAAUGAACACAUCUUACUUGGACAGGUACAUAAUGAAUUUAGAAAUAACUGUGAUGAGAUGACUGUACAGAAAUUGAUUCAUACCUUUGUGCAGGCUAAAGCUUCAGGCAAAAUACGUCCGGGUCCAAAAGAAUUUGUUGAACCAGACCUUUCGUGUUUACCUGUUACAAGACCCAUGUCUCCUGAGAUAUUUGAUAAAAAAGAUGGUUCAUUAGAAAAGAAAAAGGAAGACUCCAGUGGGAGUCCCAGUCCUGUGUUAGCUGAAGCCCAGCCAGGACCCUUGAGCCGCAGUGUCAAGCUGAGAGUGUCUCGAACAUGGUUCCUAAAAUCUAAGAGAGACAAAAAGAAAGACUUGAAGAAAAAGAAAAAACGUGAUAAAGAAGAAAAUCAAGAAACUGCUAGUAGCAACGGUGUAAUACCUGAUGUUGAUGAAGAAGGUUACAGUAAACAACCCGAUACUCUUUUAGACUUAAAUGGAGACAAAACAAGCUGGUGCUCUAGUGAAAGUGAUAGUGAUUCAGAAGGUGACUCUGAUCUUAAAAAAAAAAUAAAAGUUGAAAUCCGCCCACUCAGCCCAAAUGGUUCCACGCCAACUGGAACGGUAGAAGACAUCCGUGCCUCCAUUGAAGGAUUGAGGCUGUCACCAACAGUGCCCCAUAAGCGUCGCUGUCAAACACCAGUAGACAAGAAAAUGAAACGAUCCCAGUCUGAAUCUGAUACAUUAGACCCUGGGAAACCCAGUCAUGAUCUUUUGAAACUGGAUUUAUUUAACACAAGUGCUGCUUCUACGCCAACUGGUGGAAACAAUUACAAUAUGCAAUCACCAUUUGCCCCCUCUUCACAGACAGAUGUAACACUCCAAACAUCAGACAGUGGUUCAACAACAACUCUUUCAAGUUCUAAUGCCAGUGAUGCAGCCAUUACUAGCCAACCUAAUCAAGAUCUAUGUGCAUUACCUUUACCCCCUAAUACCAAAGUAGUUGGCACUUCUAGUCAAACCACAUCUCCAGUUAGUCUGGGGACUACUGCUGCCCCACAAACUACCUUUCCUCAUCCUCCUAGACCUCCUUCACGCACUAAAACUCCUUUACCACAGAUUCCUUUACGUCCUGGACGGACAAGCCCUGCAACUCUGAUCUCACCUCCUGAUAGCACAGGUUCCAUGUUCACAACUACAGCGUCACUCGGAUCAUCUCGUGGUUCCAGUCCACUAACACUUGGUAUGGCAGAUACUGUUCCCAUGGCAGUGGCCUUUACAGAAAAUAUAAAUGCCUUUUUCAAAGGAACAGAUGCUACCAAGUGUACAGUGACUUUGUCUGGAAAUUUGAUGAUGUCGUUUCCUGCAGGUAUCAUUAAAGUGUUGAUAGAAAACCCAUCUCCCUCCAUGUUAAGUUUUCGUUUGAAUGGUACAACACGUCUAGAUAGCAUCAGAAUCAAUUCCCAACUCAUAUCUCAGGACACCCAACAGAGCACAUCCAAUAGUUCGAUAUAUAUAUUUGAUAUGACUGCUCUAACAGAACACCUUCGUGCUCAAGGAGAGAUCAAUAAGUCAGCAUCGUAUUUCAAUGUUGAUAUACUGAAAUAUCAGGUAAAACCAAUGCCUGGUGUAGACAACACACCUCUGCCUUUGGUAGUCUACUGGAAGUGCACUUCAACAGUUACCAACUUCCGACUGGAUUAUAAGUAUAACCCUUGUUCAAUGUCAAAGCCUGUCGCUCUAAAGAACAUCCAAGUAACGGUUCCAGUCAAUGGAGAUGUGGUCAACAUGCAAAGUAUCCCUAAUGGAAACUGGAAUGCCGAGGAAAAGCGGGCAACAUGGAAGUUGGAUGAUAUUUCCGAAAUGAGUGAAAACGGCACCCAAGGGAACAUCCGUGCAAAAUUCGAAACCAGUAACGGACCUAGCACCCCUUCACCUACUGCCUUGCAUUUCAUUGCUGAAGGGGCCACACUAUCUGGUCUUGAAUUUGAACUUGUUGGUUUAGGUUAUCGGCUGUCAUUGGUGAAAAAACGGUUUGGAGCAGGUAAAUAUUCUGUGGAGCCUGACCCCGACGCAAAGUACACCUAACGUAUUCCUUUCAACCCCGUUUUUGACUAACAUCGCCGUGGCUAGUUGGUUCCGUUAUAUCAACCUUGGCUACUCCUUUACCUCGCUGGCCCAGUUUUUCCCUCCUUUUUUGUCUUCUCUGUGUUACCUAGCAGGAACGUGGGGUCUGUGCCAGGCAUGACCUUCACUCCCUCCCAGAGAAACUGGAAUAGCCAAUGACAUCAACAGAAAGCUUACUUCUAUCUCCACCAACACUACUACCAUCACAACCACCACCACUACCAUCAAUGUCAUCACCACUACUACCAUGAAUACUAUGACCACCACCACCACCACCACUACCACCAUCACUACGACCACCAUGAUAAUUGCAAUUAUUAUUACUUCUUUUUGAUUUUGAUAACUCAGAACAAAAGUUAAAUAUUUACAAUAACAAUUAACAAACUGUUAAGGACUUUGUUAGAGAGAGAUAUGUAUCUAGUCCUUUACCUGAGCUCCUAUUUAUUCAGCAUCUUUGCAGCUGUUUCGGGAACAGUUGCUGUUACAGCUCUUUAAAACGACUGUUUUUCUUGGAAGCUGUAUUUUAUAAAUUGACUAAACUGGAGGAUGUAGCCAUAAUCUUCCUUGUCGAUAUAUUGAAGCCAUGUUAUUUUCAAAGAAAAAAAAAACAGCACAAAACAAUACAAAAUGAAACAAACAAAAAAAGAGAGAAAGAAAGGAAGAGAAGAAAGCACAAAAAUUAAGCUUGAAAAAAAAACAAAAACAACAGCAAA